GGCACACAAAUUCGGUUUUAUUUCCGCGUCCUCGUAAACCAAAAGCCGCCACCACAAGACCGCAACUUCAAAACCCGCUUCAAUCAUUCUCUCUUUGCAAAAGAAAAGAAGAAGACGUAAAUAUCUCUCAAUAAUGUCGGAAUCCAAGAGCAAGGUCGAUUCUCUCAGGGAAUGGGUUGUCGAGCACAAGCUUCGAUCCGUUGGUUGUCUAUGGCUAAGUGGAAUUGUGGGUUCGAUAGCUUACAACUGGUCUCAGCCCGGCAUGAAGACCAGUGUGAGGAUCAUUCACGCCAGGUUGCACGCACAGGCUCUGACGCUCGCCGCAUUAGCCGGUGCAGCAGUGGUCGAGUACUAUGACCACAAAAGUGGAGCAAAGCAUGAUAAAUACGCGAAGUACUUCCCAAUUGAGAACUUUAACAAGGAUUAAGCAAGGCGUGUGACGACCCUUCAUGGGGUAACUUCCAAUCCCAUGUAGCAUGGCAUGGCCUUGUGGAAGUUUUGCCAAAAAAUAGUUGGAGGAUAAUAAAAACACUUAUUUGAACAGCCUUUCUUCAACCAUUUUUUUUUUUUUUUUGUAAUAAUUAUUGGAUUUAGUUGCCAUUAUUGUAUAACUUUGUAAUAAUUCCGGCAUCGGGAUUUCCCUGCUGCUGAUUUCCAAAUAUGCUGUAAUUAGGGCCCUGGCUUCUCUGCCCUUCCACUUCUCAUAUACUCUCAUCCCCUCCUAUUUAUGCGGUCACAGUUAAGUCACGUCAAUAUUUUAUAUUACUAUUAUUUUUUGUCUUAUUAUGGGUAUAAAAAAUCAAUAUAAAAUGUCGACGCGGUUUAAUCGUGACCUCACAAAAUAGGAGAGGAUGAAAGUGUAUGAGAAGUGGGAGGGCAGAGAAGCCGGUUCCGUAAUUAGGCCUCGGCCUUAGUUCAUUUACUUUCUUGUUUA